GACCCACAAAGCAAUGCAAAACCACCAGGUGAGUAGUGAGUCUCCAGUGUGCAGAAAACCAGACCACAUCCUGCACAUUAAUGUAUCCUUAGCCAACAACAUUUGUACAUAAACUAAUCCAUUGUUAAAUACACUGUAUAUAACAUAUAGUUUUGGUAAUAUAUGGAGUCUAUGUUUAUAUGUGCUUCUAUGGUAUUUAUCCUAGCAGUAAUACUCAGAGUUAAAAAGAAACUUCAAGAUAGUUUGAAGAUAAAGUUCAGACACAUCUUAGAAGGAACCACAGAAGAUGAGACAACUCUCCUCAACAGCAUCUUCAUUCCACUCUACAUGACAACGGGGGAGAGUGAAGGGGUCAAUAAAGAACAUGAGAUCAUGCAGAUUGAAUAUCCAUCCAAGGGCAAACCAUCAUCAGAAAUGCCAGUCCACUAUAGUGACAUCUUCAAUCCCCGAGAUGAACAAGAGACAAAUAUCUUGACUGUGCUGACGAAGGGCAUCGCUGGCAUUGGAAAAACCAUCUCAGUGCACAUGUUCAUCCUAGACUGGGCAGAAGGGAAAUCCAAUCAGGAUAUAGAUUUAAUCUUUGUGCUUCCAUUCCGAGAGCUGAAUUUGAUCAAGGAUGGCUUCAGUCUACAUGGUCUUCUGAAGGAAUUUCAUCCAGAGCUUAAGGAGAUAGAAGAUGUGAAGAAACUCAACAACCACAAAGUGCUGUUCAUCUUGGAUGGGAUGGAUGAAUGCAGAUGUCCUCUGGAUUUCCAAAGCAAUGAGAGAGUGUCUGAUGUCACGAAGGAGUGUCCAGUUGAUGUUCUGCUGACCAACAUCAUGAAGAAGAAUCUGCUUCCCUCUGCUCUCCUCUGGAUAACCUCCCGACCUGCAGCAGCCAGUCAGAACUCAACUUCACCGCAGUCAUUGUCUGCGGUGAAGUUGAGGGAGAUUUCAGAGCAGACAAAGUACAUAUUCCCCAAUAAUCGUGGUGAAUAUUAG